AUGUCCUCGCCUGACCAUGUCGACUUAACGGCAAUCACUGACAAACUAGAAAAAAGUGUUAUUAAGCCUUGGCUAGAAGUCCAAUCAGAUCAUCCAAGACUUCAAGCAGGGAACACCUACUUAAGGAUACCCGCACCUCUACCAUCCAUUGGCCAAAUCAAAACCGUCCUAAAGCAUUCAAAUCCGAGGAAAGCCAAUGGUGCGGAUGAUAUCGCUGCAUGGUGUCUUAAAAGGUAUGCGGAAGAGCUAGCUCCGGUGGUCCACGAUAUCGCAGUUGCAGUGGGCUCGGGACUUAU